AUGGCACCCUCCAAGCGCGGUCUCGGUUGGCCAUUUGACAACGAAGCUGGCGCGUUCAAGCCCUACGACGCGGCCGUCAAGGACCACAGCCUCACAUGGCUCUUCAACUGGGAGAUGUGGAAGCCCCAAGGCUUCCCAGCCGGGCUGACCUAUGUUCCCCAGGUACGCACAGCUGCCGAAGCUGGCAAGAUCGACCAGUUCUUGGGCGGUCUUGGAAAGGUCAGCCACUUCAUCGGUUUCAACGAGCCGGACCACCCCGGACAGGCAAACAUGUCUGUCGGCCAGGCCGUGAAGCUGUGGAAGCAGCAUGUCCUGCCGGCCAAGAAGAAGUAUGGGUUCAAGCUGGGCUCGCCAGCCAUGACCAACUCCCCAGCCGGCAAAAAGUGGCUGCAGGACUUCCUCAAGCAGCUCGGCGGGGACGCCCAGGUCGACUUCAUCGUGGUCCACUGGUACGGGCUGGAUGUCAACAACCUAAAGCAGUUCAUUGAGGACAUGCACAAGACUUUCAACAAGCCAAUCUGGCUGAACGAGUUCGCCUGCACAACCUUUGGCGGCAAGGUGCCAAGCCAGCAGGAUGUUGAGAAGUUUGAGCGUGAGGCGCUCAAGUACCUCGACGGGAAGGCAUUUGUCGAGAAGUAUGCUUGGUUUGGGGCGGCCACGCACAACAGCAGCAUGGGUGGCGUGGCACUUGUGAACAAGCUGGCCAACAAUGGGAACCUGACUUCUGUGGGAAAGAUUUACUGUGCCAAACCCGCGAGCCAGGCCUCUGUCAUGAUGGCAUCUGUAGAAACAGCUUCUGAGCCGGCGACCGAGGAACCUGUUGCUGAGGAACCCGUUGCUACUGAGGAAGCCUCAGCCUCAGCCUCACAGGCCGAGGGAUUCCCACAAAUCCAGUUGAACAUCAUGUCCAGGGCGGUGGCAGCCCCGGCCAAGCCCGGCAUCCAGCUGACCAACAAGAGCAAGAAGGAAGAGACAUAUCAGUUCUUCAACAACUACUGGAACGGCAACGGGGAGGCAGGUGCCAACUUUGACAAGCCGGAAAAGCCAACCAAGCUGAAGGCGGGUGCGUCGACCUUUGUGGAGCUCCCGGAGUCGUUCAAGGGCCGGGUGCAGCGCGGCAAGCUCAUCCCGGCGACGUGGGUCGAGUUCCAGCUGUCUGCUAGCAACGACCACAAGGCAUGGGGCAACAUCAGCCUGCAGCAGGGCUACGACGGCCCUGCGAUGAUCCGGUCGACGGACGGGACCAACAACUCGAUCGGCUUCACCAACGACAUCCUGCCAGGGGCGCCCAAGGCGGCGAGGCAGAAGAGGUCCGACGGCAAGGAGUGCCUUGCCAGCACGAUGGGCAACUGGAUGGGAGGUCCCAACCAGGCGGCCAUUGACUACGAGAACAAGGUCGUCGGGCAGAAGAAGGCGUACAUUACCGGUGGGUCGGGGACAGUUGUUGUGAACUCCAAGAACAAGAGGCUGGCUGUCGAGUUCUAUUAAUAGAGCAAUUUUGUGUUGGUUAUGAGGAUGGAAUGAUAUUGGUAGAUUGGUAGAUUG